AUGAUCGGAUUUGGGACAGGUUUUCCUCCGAGGAAAACGUCACCCAAGGCCACGACGUGCCCGACCCUCGCCAGAAAAUGUGUUCUCUGCUACAAAUUAGACGCGAGAGCGAAGUCCAGCACAUUUCCUGAGUCGAAUGGCACGGAUGACGCGCAAAAGUCGAGCGACGCGGCGGCGGAUCUGACGGCCGGCAGAGUGGACUGGGCGCUGGCGUCGCCCGCGCCCGACUUGACCGGCACGGCGCACUGGGUGCUGGUCGGAGACUCGCACCUCAGGUACCUGUUCGACGUCCUCAUCCGCAGGGCGCGCGGCGUUGGCCUCCAGUACAGGAAGAAGGACUCCGACGAGUGGCUUCCCGCUCACCUGCUGUUGAGAGGCUUCAGACUCAAUACCACUUACGAAGACUUCAAAGCUCGCCAUUUGGCAGUUCCUUUCCGCGUGACGUUCCUCUGGGACCCGCUGCUCCGGAGGGUGCCAACUCUCGUAAAGGGCUGGGAAGAGGGUCGGCACUCGGCUCCCACGCUGGUCAUCCUCGGCUCUGGACUCCACUGGAUGCUUGAAACUGAGUCUCUUUACAAAGAAUCGGGUCCAGAUGCUGCGAUGGGCGUGUAUAGCGAUCAUCUUCACAGUCUAUUACACGACCUUACCCGUCUGGCGAACACUGUGCCCACGAUCUUCAAACUCCUCGACGAUGUUCAGACAGCGCAUGACAACUCGCAGAUUCACCCCCAGUACAACGUGGAAAACUUUGACUUGUUUAAUCGUGUGAGCCGAAAUGCCUUGGCAGGAACGGGAGUGCUUGUGUGGGACAGCGGCCUGCCUCUUGCCCAGGCUUACACAAGGGAAUGCCUGGCCACACACGUCGUCACGUAUCCAGACUACAGGUGGAAGUGCCACGACGCCAGACACGUGGGAUACAUAUUGGUGGAGCAAUAUGGCGAUAUGAUCUUUAAUUUCGCUUGUAAUAAAUAUAUGGACCUAUCGAGUGACUUCUGCUUGUAAUUUUUUUCAUGGUAUAUGCUAGGUCACAUGAAAUGUAUCAUAUACUUUGAGAUUAUUUUUAUUGAAUGUUGAGUUGUUAACCGUUAAUAACAUUGCAACUAUGGUGUGACGUAUUAAAAGAAAACGUACGUGAAGUAGUUAUUUCUUUUGGGAACAUUCAUCAUGGGGAUUUUGCAAUUACACAGUGUUUACGGAAGCGCUCAUCUUAUCAUGAUCAAAGGUAGUCAUGUCUCGUGACUCUGAAUAUGAGUCCUCAAACUCAUAUUCAUAUGUCUUAUGGCAAGUUACAUCAAGUGCUUCCUUCAUACUCUGAAAAUGUCAUGAAGCUCAUCCCUAUGUAUGCUACUCUUGCUUGAAACCAGUUUAAUAUGGUACAUCUACAGGUACCAAGAACCCUGUGCGAUGGAUGGCCUAUCUGUAUUAAAAAUACAACCAGAUUUAUACCACAUUUAUUUGAAUUUACCAUAUAUUCUUGCAUACUACACAAAAAAUAUAAUUGUUACACAGCAAAACCAUGAAAGCCUGAGCAUGAGAAAAGGGAAGAUAUGGGGCUGAAAACAGUUUUACAUUGGACACCACUAUUUUCAGAUAUCAUCCACAUGCCUUUACUGGAUUUAUACUCCUCUCUACACUGGCAAAAUAAUUGAGUUUCACAAACAAACAUAGUGAGAGGUUACUUUCUGGGUGGAAGGCCCAGCUGCAUGGAGCUUGCAUGUGUGAAGGAAGUAACAUCCUUUCACUCAGUGAAGCUGUCCAUCCCCAAUCACUGCUAGCAUUAUCAGCCACUACAUCAACACAAGCAAUCCCUACAUCUUCACCUCCAUUAUAACCACAAGAUGUUUGCCUUUCUUCACAUACCAUCAUAACAAAAAUAUCUUAAGAUUUACAAAAUAAUGAAGUGAAGAUUUUCACUUUUACAAUUUGCUAUAUCUUCCCCUUCUUACAUACAGGGCUUCAUGUAACAAUUUUGGACUGUCUCAGGUUAAUAUGACACAACUUACAGUAAUGUAUACAUUCUCAUUUUUGCAGCAAAAUCAGGUCUGAACGUACAAUACAACUAAUAUACUAGUAAUUUAAAGUGAAAAUCCUUUGUAGUGCACAACCAUAAAUUGAGAAUAUUGUGGGACUGUAAUGAGACAUAUUGUGUGCUAAAGGGGCAAGUUAGAGUUGUAAGAAAUGGAUAUAUACAUCUGACAUCCACUAGUUUUACUCAAGAGAACCAUUAACCUGUUGCCUCCAGGAGGGUUUGGAUUGUGCUAGGCCUCUGCUCUGGGUAGUGUGUGCCAUUGACGGUGCUUGCCUCUUGGCAAUUUCAGACUCAGCUGGUGCAAUGCAAAAACACUGUGAUAUGAUUUCUUUUUGUAUCACUUGUAUCCAACACAUGACUUCAAUGUUUUUGCAUAAUCAGAGAUACAUUAAAUGAAUUCUAGUUACUAGGUUAAACCUGUGGUAGCCUGACACCAAAAGAUAUAAUGCUUGAAUCAUAGUAAUAUGAUAUAAAUGACCUGUCCCCUAUAGUCCCAACCAAGUCAGCUAUGAUGGGAAUAGCACAACACCCAGAGCCAUGACUAAGUCAGCUAUGACAUGAUUUACACAUCAUCUGAAGGCAGUGGGUUAAGCAGGUAUCACAUGAGAGCACAUUGUUCAACUGUUCCUCCUAACCUCCCACUCAGAGUGCACCUCCUCCUAAAACACAUACUUGAUAUAUCUCUGUCUCCACAACAAAUUAAAUUAAUAAUGGCAGACAUCUCCUAAAUCAAAUAACUUUUCUCUACUAAAAAUGAGGAUAUAAAGGAAAAGAACUAAGUUGAACAAGUUGAUAAUAAACAAUUAAUUUAAAUGUCACAUCACAAUCAAAACAACAGCCUGGUUCUAUAUUGAUGUAAUCCUCCAGCAUAUGACAUGAAAGGAUACUAUUUUGCCAGUUCUUACAAAUAUUAUAUUUAAGAAAUCCAAUGAAUCUGAAAAAUAAAAAAAGAGAAGUGGGAAAGGGUAACAGGCUUUCCAGUCCAAAAGUUUCCAUUUCUUGUCAGCCCCCCACAUGAUGCUUGUACCUCAUGGAAUGCAGAAUUAUCACUGGUCAGUGAUUGGUCAGGGGAAACUAUGAAAGUGUGGUAAACAGGAUACCAAGCAAGGUUUAAUCAAGACCACCAUUACUGAAUGAUCAGAUUAAGAACUGCUAACACUAGUGCACACAGGUUGUAUGUUCAAACUAAACAAAAAUAAAUACACUAGUUAUAACAUGGUACCACUAAUUAAUAAUAAUAAAAAAAAUAGUUAAAAAGCCAUAUAUUGCCAGCAUGAAUUAUUUAGUAGUAGGAGCUCCUUGAAGUUCACAUUGUCAUUAACGAUCAGUAAGGAAGGUAUCCUUACUUGAAUACCAUUUUCUUUUUUAAUGAAUAAUCAUAUAUUACCUCAUUCUUUACUUAAAAAAUAGUGACUAUAACAAAUGCAAUAUAUUAAAAUAAAGUUUACAAAUGGUCUGUAGUUUAUGAUCCUACAGGAAUGCACAAAUUUUAUAUUUAUUUAUGAAAGGCAAAAGGCCUGUCAGAAUAGAUGGAUACAUGUAAUCAAUAACCUCGUUUUUUAGACAAAGAAACGAGGACAAGCUAUUCAAAACAACAUCAACGAAAUGCUCCACAAAACCUGGAUUUUACUAUACUUUUUGUUAACCUAAAUGUUUUCUGUAUUUAACCUAAUUCCUGAUUUAUAGAACAAUAACCUCAACAGAAAUCACUAUUAUAAUACUAAUAAAAUCAUUAAUAAUGAUAAUAAUAAUAACAAAA